GCCAACGGGUAGGUAUACGAAGCUGUGGGCUAUAUAAUGAUCAAAGAGGCAAAACAAAGUGAAGCGCUUGAAGCGAAAAUGAGCAGGAAAACAGCAACGACGAAGAAGAAGGAUGCAGAAGCAGAAGUGGAAGAACUUCUGAAAUCAGUGGAAGACGACAUGCUCCUCAACCUCUCUCUCAAUUCCCACAUGUCCCGCGUCUCCCCCAACUACGUCGAUUCCGAUCUCGAUGGCCGUUUCCGAGCCCUCAAAUCCCCACCUUCCUCUUCUUCCUCUCCAAACCCUCCUCCUCCUACAACUUCCGCCGUCGAUCCUCCGCCUCGCCGGUCGCCGCCGGAGCAUCCAACCGAUCCAGAACUCACGGCCGUCCUCGGCGACGACCUCGCCGCCAGAUUCGCCGCUCUCAAGGCGUCCUUGUCUUCGCCGCAAUCCGUCGGGGCGAAGGCAUCGGAGGGCGGCGAUGGGCACGAAGAGGACGAGGAUGAGGACGAUGAAGUGGAGAGGCUGAUGCGGUGGGCCAAGGACGCCGCUCGUCUCGAUCCUUCUCCGCCGUCCGAUGAUGACGACGACGACGACGAUGAUAUUGAUGAAGACGAUGACGGAGACGGAGACGAUCGUCGUCAGAAGAAGUAAUUCUGUACGAAUUCUUUUUUUUUUUUUGAGGGUGUAAGUUAAGCAAGAAAGGUAUUUGGUUGAAUUGUGUUUUGUUUUUAUUAUUUGUUUAUAUACUUGUGUUUGCUUAAACGAUAUUAGCAUAGCACAAAUACAUAA